UAUUCCCAAAGGUGUCCGAGUAAUAUAGAAGAACCUAAUCUAACAUGUGUCUCAGAAUUCCUCCUCCUAGGCCUCUCAGAGGAUCCAGACCUGCAGCCCAUAGUCUUCGGACUGUUCCUGUCCAUGUACCUGGUCACUGUCCUUGGGAACCUGCUCAUCAUCCUAGCGGUCAGCUCUGACCCCCACCUCCACAAGACCAUGUACUUCUUCCUCUCCAACCUGUCCUUGACAGACAUCUGUUCCAUCUCCACCAUGGUCCACAAGAUGAUUGUGAACAUCCAAACUCACAGCAGAGCCAUCUCCUACAUGGGCUGCCUGACACAGAUGUCUCUUUUUGCCAAUUUUGUCUGUAUGGAUGACAUGCUUCUGACUGUGAUGGUCUAUGACCGGUUUGUGGCCAUCUGUCACCUCCUGCGAUACCCAGUCAUUAUGAACCCUCAUCUCUGUGGCUUCUUAGUCAUGGUAUAUUUAUUAAUUAGCCUUUUCAACUCCCUGCUGCACAGUUUGAUUAUACUACAGUUUGCCUACUUCAAGGAUGUGGAAAUUUCUAACUUCUUCUGUGACCCUUCUCAACUCUUCAAUCUUGCCUGUUCUGAUACUUUUACCAAUAACAUAGUCAUUUAUGUUAUAGGUGGCAUAUUUGGCUUUCUUCCCAUCUCAGGGGUCCUUUUCUCUUAUUAUAAAAUUGUUUCCUCCAUUCUGAGGAUCCCAUCCUCAGCAGGGAAGUACAAAGCCUUCUCCACCUGUGGGUCUCACCUGGCAGUUGUUUGUCUAUUUUGUGGAACAGGUAUUUUAGAGUACCUUGGCACAGCUGUCUCACAUUCUCCCAGGAAGAGUACAGUGGCCUCAGUGAUGUACACUAUGAUCAGACCCAUGCUGAACCCCUUCAUCUACAGCCUGAGGAGCAGGGACAUUAAAAGUGCCCUGAGGAGGCUGCACAGCAGGAUGGCCUAA